AUGUUUGUGUUGUCAACAGCACAUCUGGGGAGCAAAGCAGAACUAGGCGCGGGAGUGAAAUUCACCCCACCCCAGAGCAUACAUGGAGCGAUGGGAGGCGGCCAGUCAAUUGAAGUGGGCGGGUUUCGCAUUUUCAAAGUCAAUCCCGGCAGUCCAGCUGCUGAAGCUGGCUUGGAAGUCUUCUUCGACUUCAUCGUCGAGAUCGAUGGCGUGCACAUGGAUGCGGACCAAGCUACAUUUGCCAGUGCCAUCCAAGAGGCAGAGAACCAGCGAACGAAGCUAGUUGUUCACAACAUCCGCACCCACACGGCCCGGGAUGUUUACGUGACACCGCGGCGCUGGGGUGGUGCUGGUCUUUUGGGUGCUGUUGUUCGUUAUGAUACGCUCGAGAGCGCCGAAGGGCAGGGCAUGCGGGUGCUGAGUGUCUUCCCAAACUCACCUGCGGAAGCUGCCGGUUUAGUGCCGAACAAGGACUUCCUCCUCGGAACGACGGAAGUCAUGUUCAGGGACAUGGACGAGCUCACAGAGGUGGUGAACCUUUACAUGGGCACGGAGUUGAAGAUAUACGUCUACAACAUCGAAGCAGAGAGCAUUAGGGAGGUCGUGAUUGUUCCAUCGACACAAUGGGGCGGUGAUGGUGCGAUUGGCGCUGACAUCAGGACGGGCCUUCUUCAUCGCAUUCCCGCACCGAGGCGUGCGCUCAAUAUCCAGCCACAAGAUCUUGGCUCAGCCGCUGCAGAAGCGCGGCAGACAGAAACAGGGGCCGGCAAUCGCGCCCAGACUCUGCCCCUGCCCAAGGACAUCCAGGCUGGUUCCUUGGAGCGGCCGCCGGCCGGUCAAGUGGACUUGCAGCAGGUGCAGCCUUUGCUGGCACAGGUUCAGAGUCAGCUGCAGCAGUUGCAAGACCUCCAGCUGCGGGAGCCUCUUCGCGGAUCCGUGUCCCUGGCCAUCUGCCAUUGCCUGACGCUGAGGAGUCAGGGUCACUUGACCGACGUCCAGCAGGAACAUUUUCGGCAACUCGCACUCCUGGGCGCGAAAGGCUGGUUUCAACGAGCGGUGGGAAGUGCGGCACGCGAACCCCCGUGCAGGUCCCCGGUCUUUGAGUUGCCUGCCGCGGCCAAGGCUAUUCCCUGGGUUGAUGGCAGAUGUUAUGCUGAUCUGCUUCGGCUUCAGCGAGGGAAGCCUUGCCAGGCAGCCGCGGCUUUGCCGUCUUCUCCGCUUGACAUGCUCGCGCCCGGCAUCAUCUACGAAACAGCUGCUCUUGGGCUUGAGCUUUUGCUGAUUGCCUGUUCUCAACUUCCAAUUUCUGUGACUUGUCGCAAGCAGCUACUAAGGUUUCGUAACUUGUCCUGA